UUUUAAUCAUCACUGCAAACUAUCACUGCAAACUAAAGAGCUAAACAUAAAAAUCUGCUAAUUGAAAAAUGGCCGGGUUAGCAGAGAUGACUGCGGCAGAGUUCUUGCGAGGUACGACAAGGCAGGCUAUAUUUUUGCAGAGAAAUACUUUGAUCAAGCGAAGUAAUUUGCUAUGGGGCAAGCUAUGUAAUCCGAGCCGGAUGGGGUAUAUGUCUAAUACAAAGGAUGUUUCUUUGAGGUGCUCUUCUCGAUCAAAGGUUAAAGCAAUGGCAUCUGACAAUGUCCGUACUAGUUUGGCUGAUGAGCAGCUUGGGUUGAUUGAAAAGCCUGCUCAAGAGGUCAUACAUUUCUACCGUGUCCCUUUGAUUCAAGAAAGUGCGAACGAUGAGCUUCUCAAGUCUGUUCAGACCAAAGUUUCCACUCAGAUUGUCGGGUUGAAAACUGAGCAGUGUUUCAACAUAGGACUUGCUUCGAAGAUUUCGACUGAGAAGGUUUCAACACUUAAAUGGAUUCUUGGGGAAACAUACGAGCCUGAGAAUUUAGCAGACGAGAGUUUUCUUGCGAACAAGAGACAAGAAGGGUUGAAUGCAGUGAUAGUUGAAGUUGGGCCUAGGCUGUCUUUUACAACAGCAUGGUCCUCAAAUGCUGUUUCGAUUUGUCAAUCCUGUGGUUUGACUGAGGUGACUCGAAUGGAGAGGUCAAGAAGAUACUUGCUGUAUAGUAAGGGAGCGUUGCAGGAAAAUCAGAUUAACGAGUUUGCUGCGAUGGUUCAUGAUCGGAUGACUGAGUGUGUUUAUAGCCAGAGGCUCACAUCAUUUGAAACCAGUGUGGUUCCAGAGGAAGUUCGUUUUGUGCCUGUCAUGGAGAGGGGAAGGAAAGCAUUGGAGGAAAUAAAUGAGGAAAUGGGUUUAGCAUUUGAUGAACAAGACUUGCAGUACUAUACCAGGUUGUUCAUGGAGGACAUAAAACGGGAUCCAACAAAUGUAGAGUUAUUUGAUAUAGCGCAAUCUAACAGUGAGCACAGCAGGCAUUGGUUUUUCACUGGGAAGAUUGUUAUUGAUGGACAGCCCAUGGAUAGGACCCUCAUGCAAAUUGUCAAGAGCACUUUGAAAGCAAAUCCAAACAAUUCUGUCAUUGGUUUUAAGGAUAAUUCAAGUGCAAUAAAGGGGUUCCUUGCUUACCGGUUACGACCAGUUCAGCCUGGAACAGCCUGCCCGCUGAAUGAAACUACUCGUGAAAUUGAUGUCUUGUUUACAGCUGAAACACAUAAUUUCCCAUGUGCAGUGGCACCCUACCCUGGUGCAGAGACAGGUGCAGGUGGUCGCAUUAGAGAUACACAUGCCACUGGAAGAGGGUCCUUUGUUGUUGCAUCCACAGCAGGUUACACAACUGGGAAUCUUAAUAUAGAGGGAUCAUAUGCCCCCUGGGAGGACACAUCUUUCACAUACCCUUCAAAUUUGGCUUCUCCUUUGGAAAUUCUCAUUGAAGCUAGCAAUGGUGCAUCAGACUAUGGUAACAAAUUUGGUGAACCGUUGAUUCAGGGUUUUACCAGAACAUUUGGGAUGAGACUCCCUAGUGGUGAACGACGAGAAUGGUUGAAGCCUAUCAUGUUCAGUGCAGGGAUUGGGCAUAUCGAUCAUUCUCAUAUUUCGAAAGGAGAUCCUGAGAUUGGAAUGUUAGUUGUAAAGAUUGGUGGGCCUGCAUAUCGAAUCGGAAUGGGUGGUGGAGCUGCCUCCAGUAUGGUUAGUGGCCAGAAUGAUGCAGAACUUGAUUUUAAUGCUGUACAGCGUGGAGAUGCUGAAAUGGCACAAAAAUUGUACCGUGUAGUUCGUGCCUGUGUCGAGAUGGAGGAGGAUAACCCUAUUAUUAGCAUUCAUGAUCAGGGAGCUGGAGGGAAUUGCAAUGUCGUAAAGGAAAUAAUAUACCCAAAGGGGGCUGAGAUUGAUAUUAGGGCUAUAGUGGUUGGAGAUCAUACUAUGUCAGUCUUGGAGAUAUGGGGUGCUGAGUAUCAAGAACAGGAUGCAAUAUUGGUAAAGCCCGAAAGUCGCAAUCUUCUGGAAUCAAUAUGUGCAAGGGAAAGACUCUCAAUGGCUGUUAUUGGAUGUAUUAAUGGUGAGGGACGUGUUGUUCUAGUUGAUAGCUUGGCAAUUGAGAAAAGCCGUGCUAGUGCUCCUCCUUCUCCAGCUGUUGAUCUUGAGCUUGAGAAAGUGCUUGGUGACAUGCCUCAAAAAUCAUUUGAAUUCAAACGAGUGGUUUAUGCACAAGAGCCACUUGAUGUUGCUCCUGGAAUCACAGUUAUGGAUUCAUUGAAGAGGGUAUUAAGACUUCCUUCUGUAUGUUCCAAACGGUUCUUGACAACAAAGGUUGAUAGAUGUGUAACAGGUCUUGUAGCACAGCAACAAACAGUUGGUCCCUUACAGUUACCUCUUGCUGACGUUGCAGUCAUUGCUCAAAGUUAUGUUAACUUAAAUGGGGGUGCCUGUGCCAUUGGUGAGCAACCUAUCAAGGGGUUGAUUGAUCCAAAAGCGAUGGCUAGGCUGGCCGUUGGAGAAGCCCUCACAAAUCUUGUUUGGGCUAAGGUUACUUCUUUGUCUGAUGUUAAAGCAAGUGGAAAUUGGAUGUAUGCUGCCAAGCUCGAGGGGGAAGGGGCAGCCAUGUAUGAUGCUGCUAUUGCUCUUUCAGAAGCAAUGAUUGAACUCGGUAUUGCUAUUGAUGGUGGGAAGGAUAGUCUUUCAAUGGCUGCCCAUGCAGGUGGUGAGGUCGUUAAGGCUCCAGGAAAUCUUGUAAUAAGUGCCUAUGUCACUUGUCCUGACAUAACAAAAACGGUUACCCCAGAUUUGAAGCUAGGAGAUGAUGGUAUUUUGCUUCAUAUUGAUUUGGCAAAGGGAAAGCGGCGUUUAGGUGGAUCCGCUUUGGCUCAGGUUUUUGAUCAAAUUGGGAAUGACUGCCCUGAUAUUGAUGAUGUUUCUUAUCUUAAAAGAGUUUUUGAGGGGGUGCAGGACCUUCUUGGAAAUGGUCUGAUAUCUGCCGGUCAUGAUAUCAGUGACGGUGGGUUACUAGUUUGCGCUUUGGAGAUGGCAUUUGCUGGAAAUUGUGGCAUUGUGUUGGACUUGGCUUCUCGAGGGAAUAGUGUUUUCCAAUCACUUUUCGCCGAAGAGCUUGGUCUUGUUCUUGAGGUAAGCAAGAAUAACUUGGAUAGCGUAAUGGAGAAGUUUGACGGUGUAGAUGUUACCGCUGAGAUACUAGGACAAGUAACUGCCUCACCCAUUAUAGAGCUAAAGGUUGAUGGAGUUACUCAUUUAAAUGAGAAAACUUCUCUUCUCAGAGAUAUGUGGGAGGAUACGGGUUUCCAGCUUGAAAAGUUGCAGAGACUUGCAUCUUGUGUGGAAUCAGAGAAAGAAGGUUUGAAGCUUCGGCAUGAGCCUUUUUGGCCACUGUCUUUCACUCCAUCCAUUACAGAUGAGAAAUACAUGACUGCAACUUCAAAACCGAAAGUAGCCAUCAUUCGUGAGGAAGGGAGCAAUGGAGACAGAGAAAUGUCAGCAGCUUUUUAUGCCGCUGGUUUUGAGCCUUGGGAUGUUGCAAUGUCAGACCUACUUAAUGGAGUUAUUUCUUUGAAUGAAUUCCGAGGAAUUGCAUUUGUUGGAGGUUUUAGUUAUGCGGAUGUGCUUGAUUCUGCCAAGGGUUGGGCUGCAUCCAUUCGAUUCAAUCAGCCUCUUCUCAAUCAGUUUCAGGAGUUCUACAAGCGCCCUGAUACAUUCAGUCUUGGUGUUUGCAAUGGAUGUCAGUUAAUGGCUCUGUUAGGGUGGGUCCCGGGGCCUCAAGUUGGGGGUGUUUUUGGUGCAGGUGGGGACCCAUCGCAGCCGAGGUUUGUACACAAUGAGUCUGGCCGAUUCGAAUGCCGCUUCACAAGCGUGACUAUAAAGGACUCACCAGCUAUGAUGUUUAAAGGAAUGGAAGGCAGUACAUUAGGUGUAUGGGCUGCCCAUGGUGAGGGAAGAGCAUAUUUUCCUGAUGAUGGUGUUCUGGAUCGUGUACUGCAUUCGGAUCUAGCUCCAGUACGGUAUUGCGAUGAUGAUGGGAAUCCAACAGAGGCUUACCCGUUCAAUUUGAAUGGUUCUCCAUUAGGAGUGGCUGCAAUUUGUUCUCCGGAUGGUCGACAUCUUGCCAUGAUGCCUCAUCCGGAGCGGUGUUUCCUGAUGUGGCAGUUCCCUUGGUAUCCAAAGGACUGGAACGUGGACAAGAAAGGCCCUAGCCCAUGGUUAAGAAUGUUCCAAAAUGCCAGAGAGUGGUGCUCAUGAUAUCGGUUAUGUUUCGCAAAGGACGAACGAGAUGAACUACUGUGAUUGGACGAUGGACGCUUCAUCUGAGUUCGAUUUGGAGGUUUUUUACUGUUUAUUUGGAAAUGACAUGAGACUACAUUAUUUUAGGCAUAAGAGUUUGCUUCAUGCAAACCUCAGAAACACAAACUUAGAAGAAUUUUGCUUAUUUGCCUUGUUUUACAAACCUGUUUGGUGAAUGCCAGUUUUCCCUUUUAAUUUCUUAUAUAUGAAUUGAAAAUCAAAGUAUC